UCCGGGCUGCAGGGUGAGCACCCUCUUCCGUCAGUGAUUGGCGUGAGGCGAGGACACGGGAGGAACAGUUACAGCCUUCCAGCGCCGCGUAAAAGGCCUCACAGAGGGUAAAUUUGACUGUUGUAUACCAUCAGUGCAGAACACUGAAUGAAUUCUUCACAUAGGAAGUAUAUUUCAGUUUCUUCUCCACACACUUGCAACAUGAGUAAAAGUCAUUUUCCUCAAAGGGUGUUCAUGCAGCCACGUUUUCAUCCUGCACACUUGAAAAGACCAUCUGUAAGCGAAGGAGACUUAGCCGCAGGUCUGCAUGACUCUGAAGAGUCUGAUUGUGAAAGCCUUGCUCAAGAGAGACGAUAUCAGUUAGAACUCCAACAGCGGAUUCGUGAAAACGAAGAACUGGUAGGACUGUCUUCAGAUGAGUUGGAGAAUGACAGCUUAGAAGAAGAUAGCUUGGAGGAGAUGAGUUUAAAAGAGCAAGAAGGAGCUAAGUGUGACACGGAUCGAUAUACAACUGGAAUGCAAAAGAAUGCUAGUAAUGGAAGGAAACAGCAGUUUGUGGACAAAUAUUUCAACCUAAGAUACAAUCCUAAUUGGAAGAACAUAAAAGAGGUAGCAGAAUUUUCUGAAGCAAAAAAAGUUCCUGGAAGUGUGGAAUUUUCACAAGAUUCAUUUUACCUCCUUUCCAAUGGCUUCCCAGAAGAAAAUAAUCAACAGGUGGCAGAAUCACAGGAUACAUCCUCUGAGUUUGAUACAGAAGUAGUAAACAAGCAUGAACCGAAUGCCAGAGUCAGCAACGAACCUUUUAGGUUCUUUACUAAAGGGAAGGAAUCUGCAGAGGACUAUCGUUUCAAAGAUAGUCCCAGUACAUACAGCAGUGCUUUUUCUCUUCGGAUUCAAGAUCAACCGGAAAGAGCAAAAAAGGACUUUGUGGAAAAAAAUAAACGGACUUUAGGGUUAGGUACACGCAUGAGAACUUCCUAUCUUCAAUUGCACAGCAAAAAGCAAGGGAAAGUUCUUCAAGAGCAGGCUGCAGAUGCUAAAGCUGUUGAUGAAGAACCAGUUCGGAAUGUCCUGCCAUUUCAGGACCUGAAAAUGGAUCCUGAAGACAAACGGCCUUCCCACUCUUCUACUCGCAGUUCUCCAGCAGUCCCUUGCCCGGCUUCCCAACUUAUGCAAGCCGUGGAGCAACACCACGAAGAAGCCACUCGUUUGACAGAAGCUCACUUAGCUGACAGGCACUUGUUCAGCCUACUUCCACCUAUAAUCCCACAGGUGGAAAGUGAUUCAGAUCUCAAUACAGAGAGAGGUGAAGGAAAUCAAGUGAAAAUAAGCCGAAGCAACUCAGAAGGCUAUCUAAUGCAAAUGGAAAAGCAAAAACAGCUUACAGCCAACAAGAAGCCAUAUAGUUCAAAAGCCUACAUGAAUCUGAAUGUGAGACUUGGAGGCCUUGGACCUGACUAUGAAGCAAUCAAAGAGAAAAAAGAGAAGUUAAAGCAGCAAAAGGAAUAUGCAAAGCAAAUUAAGGAACAUAACAUGAAGAACAUUGCUUCUGUUCAGAGGUUGCCUACAAAACCCAAGGUUACAUCCUCAGUGUCAAGACAGAAGGCUCUGGAAUACGCUAAGAAGAUUCCUAGACCAAAAACUUUUCCAACAAGACAACCAGACGAAGAGGUGAAAGAUGAAAGAGUUCUGUCACAGAUUUUGAGAAGAGACCAUUUACCUCAAAUUGCAUCCUUGGAAACUUUGCAAAACAGGCAUGAGAAGGAGAAGCAAGUUGUAGCUGCUUUCAGAAACCUUCAUAUCUUAUAAGCAAUUUAAAAUGAUUAAGGAUAUCUUCAAGGCAGAAAUUAUCUGAACUGUUUAAUUAUGAGCUAUUACUAUCACAUGUUAAUCUACCAUCCCCCACAAAUACAAGUUGGUCUAUGUUUUAAUCAUUUUUAAGUUUUAGGAUCAGUUCUAGUAUAUCUAUUUUUUUAAAUGUUAAAAACUGCAUGAGUAGCAUUUUAAAUAUGAUCAUCUCUGUUUGUUUUUUUCCUUGAAAUCUACUCUAGCAGUAAUCAUUCAGAUUAAUGAGUUAUUGGCUUGUCACAGCUGGAUCAUUUUUAAACCUGCCAAACAUACAGGCCAGCAUACCUAUGAAUCAUUAAAAAUAAACUUCAGUCUCAUUUGA